AUGGCAGCCAUGAGAGGACCGCGAUUGCAGGUCGGUUCUGCAGCAUGGAUCGCGGAGGAACGAUCUUCGGCUCUGCAGAUUGUUCAAUCUGAAGUGGAAGAGUUCUCCUUUUCGGCGAGAAAUGAGCUGGAGUGGCUCAACGAGCACAUGGCAAGCAUUUUCGAUGAGAACGAAACGAAUAUUGCCGAAACCUUCAAGACCCCCGGAAAACUGCGUGGGAAGACUCCCCGAACGGUACGGAGGAACCCAGAUGAAAGUAGAGUUCCUCUUUCAGACGUUUUCGCCCCUACCCUCAAUGGAACGACGAAUGCUACGGGGUACACUAGUUAUGCUCAGUCAAGAACCUUGCCGAGCACAGUCCCGCCGACCAUUGCCAGAAAGCCGGUCCCUUCGGAGAGACAUCCGGUGACCCACGAUUCAGGAUAUUUUGGAAGUCAGGAGGUUGCUCCCAUGAACAUUCAUCUGGACUCAGACUUUAGCGAUACCCAAGAUAUGCGCAACGACGCCAACUGGCGUGCCGUAACCAAUGUACCAACACGAGACAGCCCGGUCCGAUCACCCAAAAAGACCUCUCAAAUGGCUCGGGAGGAAGUCAAGACGCGAAUCCUUGAUGAGGCCGCGACCAACUCGACAGAAUCUUCCGCACAAGCACACGCAGAAGGUCCCGAAGAAGAGGUAGAUGUGAUUUUCACGUCAACACCGGCAGCGGUGAACACAGUUGCUCGGCCCGAGGCCAUUCAACCGCAACCGCAGGCAUCCGAAUCCAACGUCGAUCAGCAUAUGGAAGAAGCGCAAUCGCCAUCAGAUUUGUCCAGCCCGGUGAGAACGAUGGUUCGAAAAAGCAGCCUCAAUUUUGCGUCACUUCCUGCCAGAGAACCGCUCGCAGCUGGAAAGAGUACUGGGGCACGCGCAUCAAGAACGAGCCAUUUGGACCACAUCAGGACAAGCUACUACAGCAGACCAACGGGAGAAAAGAGCUUGGGCAGCCUUGCGAAACCUGAAAACGGCGAGAGUGGAAAUGCAGACAAGAUGGAUGUUGACGAGGAAAUACCUGCAGAGCAAAACAGCUUGGUGACGAGCCACACGAAGACUUAUACGCAAAGGCUCCAGGAUCAGAUCAAUAUGCUCGGCAAGUCACAGCCAACCAACACGAGCCAGUUGAAACCAGUGUCCAUUGCAUCAGCAUCGCAACAACCAAAGACCCCCGCUUUCCAAUCCCCAUCCCACGUUCAAAGGCCAGCUGUUCAGACCACUCCUGGCGCGUUUCCGGUAGACGAUGACGACGACGAUUGGAUUGAGCCUCCUGCGACAGUCGGUGGCCAUUCCGAAGCUCGACGUGGGCUUCCGAAGAGCUACUCUGCAGAUGUGAUGGAGGAUAUCCAAGGCAAAGAUACGAUUGGGGGGGACGACUUUUGCGAGCGCCCCGCGCAGCAUCCUUACAGCCUUGGACUCAGCAAGUCUGUAUCUGUGUUGACCGUCCCGACCAUGCACUCAGCGGUAGAUCCAGAUUUGCAACUCGCUCCAAGGGCUAUCUCUGUUUCCAACCCGACCUUGGUAACGCAAUCGGAAAUGCCGCAAAUCCGAUCUGAAUCACCGUCCCGACCCUUCCGCGAGAGUCCGCUUAAGCAAGUCAAGAAUAAGCUGUCUUCAAUACUGAAGAUGAAGAGCGCACGAGGUGUGGUUCCUACCGAGGGAAAAUUGAUGAUGUCUCCAUCCGUGAAGCGUUCCGGAGUCCAACAAGACGCUCCAUCGGCAUCGGCUCUCUCCCAGGCGCCACAUUCUCACGGUCUGACCGGACCGGCUAGCCCUACAAAGCCGGUCGCGCGACGGACUAGAGCUUCUGUGGAAAAGGAGAAGGAAGAAAAACGUCGCGAGAAAGAAGCGAAGCGUGCAGAAGAGCAGAAUGACAAGCUUGAGAGGGUCCGCGAAAAGGAAAGGGAGAAAGCGCACAUAUUUGUCCAAGAGCAGGAGAAGAUUGCGGAGAUGGAGCAGCAAGUUGCCUCGAAGAAGAAUGGAGAAAAGCCAGUGAUACGGGAGACACCGAAGCCGACACGGACGAGCCCCCGAAAAGCCAAGGCGGACGAGGACGAGGCUCCCAGAGCUGUUGACAAGGAGAUAGAGAUGGAAGAUGCACCCCCUACAGUGCCUCUGCCGAGUGCAUCUCGGUCUGUCGGACCCAGCCAAGCUGCUGCUCGGAGCAAGGAAAUCAAGCGACCUAUCAAGCCAAGCAAGGAGGCCCAGACCAGAACCAGGCAGGCCCCCACAGUCAUCAGGGUCAACACUGGUUCUCUUCACUCUCAGUACCACCCUUCCAGUAGGGUCUCGGCUGUCUCCCACGAAUCUGCAAGUUCCUCCAGUACCCAAUCGCAGCAUCAAUCAGUCAGCAAGUCGAGCAAAGCAUCGUUGCACGGGAAGCCAUCGACACAAGGUCUGCGUCAUGCCAUGUCUGUCAGUCGACCCAAAGUUUUGGAUUUGGCCGCGAAGAAGAAGGAGCAAGAUGAGCGCGAAGCCCAGCGUCGACGCGAAGCCAAAGCUGAAAUGGAGCGAAAACGGGCGGCAGCGCAGGAAGAGCAACGGAAACAAGAGCAGCAGCGCCGUCAGGAGGCAGAAAGGCAGAAGCAGCAGCAGGAGCGCGAAUUAUCCUCUUCCCAGACCGACAGCAAGACUGCCGCCCAGAGGAAAGCGGCGAUCGAGAAGGCGAAGCAGACGAGAGCUCCCCCACCUGCGGUUCGACCGCCGUCUCGGAUGACAUCCAACCUGCAGCGUUCGCAGGAUGAGACGAGCCGGCCGGUCAAUGCUGUUCUUUCCAACGCCGGAAAAACGGGCACGAAGCGCGCGCUUGGACCGGAGCGAGACGAGCACCAGACGGCCAAGCGUGCCCCGUCGCGAGGGGGUCCGGCGUACCAAGCGACUGAAGCCAAGCGACGUCGGACAAGCGAAGGGUUCGACGGCGAUGGCGAAACUGGACACACGCGCAACAUAAAGGGACCUCCAGUGCGACCAUCCGGUGGCUACAUGAAGGAUAUGCCGGCAAAGUCUUUGUACGGCUACACCAAUGCACCACCCAGCGCGACCCGAGACUUGUUCAAAGCUACCGUCACUGCGCAGCACAACAGUCAUAUCAAGGCGGCGCACCCGUUGGACAUGGCGCAGAUCUCCAAGGGUGCCAUUCCAUUCGCACCCAGCGCUCCUGCCACUGGCUCCUUCAAGACUCCCGCUCGGGCCGGGGCGUACACGGCAAACACGGCGAAGUCAACAGCCAAGGCGGCACCUCGGUCGUCGCCGCGGUUUCAAAAUGGCGAGUCCAUUGAGCUUCCCGAGAUUGAAACGGAUGACGAUGACGAGGACGAGGACGAGUCCCACGGCUUGGUGGCUGCGUGGGCAGAUUCCCCCGACCUUCGACGGGCCCUCAUGCGCCAGGAGACUAUGGAUCCAUCUCAGGUAUUUGGGCCACCGGCACCGCUGAACAUGGAGGAGGUCUUCAGCAAGAGCAAGGACAAGUGGCACAAGUUCCGUGCCAGGACGUCCAGCGCGAACUGGAGCGGCGCCGAUCGACUGACGGAAGAGGAUAUCAGAAAGGACUUGGCAGCGCGCGACAAGCUGCGACGCGAGGGAGGGUGGUCCUACGAUAUGAGCCGGGAAUUGUUAUAA